AUGUCCCUUCCGGCACUGAGACGGCUGACCCACUCGUCUCCCCGCACUUUCGCCCGCAUCUCCGUCUCCAGAUUUCCCACUGUCUCUUCUCCCGUUCCCUCCACCCCGUCCAUUCCUCGCACCCCUCGCUUUUCCACCAUGGCCGCCCGUCAGUCUGCUGCCCCGGCAGUCCCUGCCGACAAGUCCUACGACCCCGAAAUUCAGGACAUGGCGAAGUACAUCCACGAGUACAAUGUGGAUUCCGACCUGGCUUAUGACACCGCCCGCCUGGUGUUCCUUGACACCCUCGGCUGUGGGCUGGAGGCCUUGAAGUUCAAGGAGUGCGCGAAGCUGCUCGGUCCCGUGGUCGAGGGCACCGUGGUUCCCAAUGGUACCCGGGUGCCUGGCACGCCGUACCAGCUGGACCCGGUCAAUGGCGCGUUUAAUAUCGGCGCCAUGAUCCGCUGGCUCGACUACAACGACUGUUGGCUGGCUGCCGAAUGGGGUCACCCCUCCGACAAUCUGGGUGGUAUUCUCGCCGUGGCGGACUGGAUCUCGCGCACCAACCGCGCGGGCGGCAACGUGGGCAAUGGCAAGAUCCUUAAGGUCCGUGACAUUUUGGAGGCCAUGAUCAAGGCCCACGAGAUCCAGGGUGUUCUGGCGCUGGAGAACUCAUUCAACAAGGUUGGCCUCGACCACGUCGUCCUGGUCAAGGUGGCCACCACUGCUGUGGUCUCCAAGAUGCUAGGUCUCAGCGAGAAGCAGACUGCCGAUGCUAUCACUCAGGCCUGGGUGGAUGGCCAGAGUCUUCGUACCUACCGGCACUCGCCGAACACCAUGUCGCGCAAGUCGUGGGCCGCUGGUGAUGCGUGCCAGCGCGCUGUCAACCUCGUGCUGAAGGUGCAGAAGGGCGAGGGUGGUCUGCACACUGUGCUCUCCGCCCCUGGCUGGGGUUUCUAUGAUGUUCUGUUCAAGGGCAAGAAGUUCCAGUACCAGCGCCCGUACGGCACCUACGUCAUGGAGAACGUGCUGUUCAAGGUGUCGUAUCCGGCCGAAUUCCACUCCCAGACUGCCAUUGAAGCCGCUCAGGCCGUCAACAAGAAGCUGGCGGCCUUGGGCAAGAGCGCCAAGGACAUCAAGGAGAUCACCAACCGCACGCACGAGGCGUGCAUCCGCAUCAUCGACAAGCAGUUCAAGGCAAUGGACAACUUUGCCGAUCGCGACCAUUGUGUGCAGUACAUGGUGGCUACCAUGCUCGCUUUCAACCGUCUCACGGCCAACGACUACGCCGAUGGCUCCGAGGCCGCCACCUCGCCCUUGGUCGAGGAUCUCCGCAAGCGCAUUCACUGUGUUGAGGACCCGCAGUUCACAAAGGACUACCACGACCCGACCAAGCGCACCAUCCCCAACGCGCUGACCGUCACCCUGAACGAUGGCACCGUGCUCGACGAGAUCUCUGUUGAGGCCCCGCUGGGCCACCGGCUGCGUCGUGAGGAGGCCAAGCCUGAGAUCCUGGACAAGUACAAGCGUCAUCUGCAGGCGCACUUUGACCAGGCGCGGAUCGAUGAGCUGCUGCAGGUGGGCUGGGACCGCCCGCAGCUGGAGAACUACGAUGUCGACAAGUACGUUGACUUGUAUGUGAAGGAUAAGGCAGUUGCUUCUGCGUAA